CUCCAAGUCCAACGUGUAUGCUCCAACUGUUCUUAUUGUCACCACCCUCCUGUUUCCUCUCAUUAUUCAGGCUCGAACUUGGACUGCGGUUUCUCCUACUACUGUCAUCCACUCUCCCCGGCUUAUGCCUACCGCUUCACGCAUGUCUAAGUCCUAAGAUGUUUCUGUAAUCCGUUGCUUCCUAUUGUCGCUCUCUUUAGGAUUACUCGGUGCUGCCUCAGAUAUGGCGGAAGAGCAGGAUCCCUCUCCCCCUCCCCCGGAGACGGAGGCCAGUUCAAUACAGGUUGACGAGGGUUACGAGGAGGUCGCCAACCAACCUGCAAUUGAUACUCCUGCAAUUGAUACUCCGACAAUAGCCAUCGAAGAUGCAACCUCCCUUCCUACGUCGUCAGCAUCGCCUUUUCCCGAUACUCCCGGCACGUUGGAACCCGCAUCAGAAUCCCAACCCUCUCCACGAAUUCCCGAUCAAGCUCCUCCCAGCCAUACAAAUGGAGCGAGCCUCCCGAAUCGAAACCGAGCCGACUCCCAGUCGACCAUCGCCACGACCACCACCCAGAAGUCGACCCGAAGUUCCCUGGUCUUCGUCACAUCUGCCCUCGAGGCGAUUGCCGCGUCCAAAGAUGCGCGGAAGAACAAAAAGCUCGGGCAAUCCACGCAACGAGCCUUGGCAGCAAUCAAGCUUGAAGGACAUCCGGGCCAGAUCGAUCCGGAAGUCCUGUUCGAGCCGCUCCAACUCGCCGCCGACGCGCAGACCGUACAGGUGGUCACAACGGCUUUGGAUUGCAUUGGGAAGCUCAUAAGCUACUCGUACUUCGCCGUUCCCACCCCUCCGGCGGACUCGGAACACAGCGGCAUUCCGCUAAUCGAGCGAGCCAUCGAUACAAUAUGCGAUUGCUUCCAAAGCGAGGCGACACCGGUCGAGACGCAACUGCAGAUUGUCAAGUCGCUAUUGGCUGCCAUCUUGAACGAUAAAAUCGUGGUUCACGGCGCAGGCCUGCUCAAGGCCGUUCGGCUGAUAUACAAUAUCUUUCUCCUUUCGAAGUCGACGGCAAAUCAGCAGGUGGCCCAAGGAGCCCUCACCCAAAUGGUGGGCAUCGUGUUUGAACGAGUCAAGGGUCGUCUCGAAUUGAAGGAGGCGCGCUUGAACACCCCGAAGGAAUCACUAAGCAAGACCGAUAACGAUGAGAAUGGGGAAAUAGAGGACGACGCGCCGGCCGAGUCGAAGGAAACAAGGGAUCCUGACGACGCCGAUACGCCGGAUUCCGAAAAUGUGUUGACCUCCCCCAGCGAUGAACCGGUUGAGAAGCACGAAGGACAAAAGAUCACCCUCCAAAGCUUCGAGAAUCGCAAAAGCUUUGAUGAUGCAAAGAUCAACGACAACGCUCCGACGCUCGUCACCCGACUCCCGGGAGACAAAAUUUCCCGCCGAACCACAUCUGGAAGUACUAUGACGCCAGGCGGCGCGGAUAAUGGCGGUCCAAUCGAUGAGGAUGAAGAGGAUGAGAUCUAUAUCAAGGACGCGUAUCUGGUUUUCCGUGCCAUGUGCCGCCUCAGCACCAAAUCUCUUCCGGUUGAGCAGGCGCACGAUGUGAAGUCCCAGAGCAUGCGGUCGAAGCUCCUUUCGCUCCAUAUCAUACACAACAUCCUCUACAAUCAUGCCCUGGUGGUCACCUCCCCCUUAUCCACGAUCAAGAGCAGCUCCACGGAUGAGCCGACGUCAUUCGUCCAAGCCAUCAAGCAAUACCUCUGUUUGAGUCUCAGCCGGAAUGGGGCCAGCUCCGUUAACCGAGUGUUUGAAGUGUCCGUCGAAAUUUUCUGGCUCAUGGUCAAGCAUCUACGGGUGAUGUUGAAGAAGGAGAUCGAGGUUUUCAUGAAAGAGAUCUACUUCGCCAUCUUGGACAAACGCGCCGCUCCGGCUUUUCAAAAGAUGUACAUUUUGCACCUCUUUGAGAAACUCGCCGCGGAUCCUCGUGCACUGGUGGAGAUUUUUCUCAACUAUGACUGCGAUCGAACCGCCCUGGACAACGUGUUUCAAAAGGUCGUCGAACAUUUAUCCAGGAUUUCCACCACCCCGGUCUCCGUCACCUCGGCGCAGGAGCUCGCAUACCACGAGCAUCAAGCACGAGGCAAUGGUCUUUCGGACUGGCACCAUCGCGGCACUCUCCCCCCGUCGCUUUCGACCGCAGCCAUCACUGCCAGUCAAGAAACGGAGCACACCUACCCGAUCGAGUACGCGAUGAAAGAGAAGGCAUUUGAAGAUCUGAUGGAGAUUCUGCGGUCGCUGGUUCUCUGGUCCCAGCAAAGCAUGCCAAACUCGACUCCUGAAUUGAAAGACGCGGAAUUCAAUGCCUCCCGAGAAGACUUGCGAAGCUCGAUCGACACUCGCGACUCAGGUGCAGCCAACUCGGUGUCGCACGCCUCGGGAGUUGACACCCCAGUGAGCACGGGCACAUCGAUCGCCGAAGAUGAUCCGGGGUUCCUGGAGAAGGAGAAACAGCGCAAGACUGCCCUUGUCAACUCCGUUCGUCAGUUCAAUUUCAAGCCGAAACGGGGCAUCAAAGCAUUACUGAAAGACGGUUUCAUCAAAUCCGAUGACCCCCAGGACAUCGCCCGCUUCCUCCUGGGAAAUAACGAACUCAACAAAGUCUCGCUGGGUGAAUACCUGGGGGAAGGCGAACCGGAGAACAUCGCCAUCAUGCAUGCAUACGUCGAUGCGAUGGAUUUCCGGCAAACCCGAUUCGUGGAUGCGCUGCGACGAUUUUUGCAGAGCUUCCGUCUUCCGGGGGAGGCGCAGAAGAUCGAUCGAUUCAUGCUCAAGUUCGCGGAACGAUAUAUCGGGGGAAAUCCCAAAGCGUUUGCCAAUGCCGAUACGGCAUACGUCCUCGCGUAUUCGGUCAUUAUGCUGAACACGGAUCAGCACAGUAUCAAGAUGAAAGGGGCCCGCAUGACCCCCGAAGACUUCAUCAAGAACAAUCGCGGAAUCAACGACAACGCCGAUCUUCCCGACGACUACCUUCGAGGAAUCUACGAUGAAAUUGCGCACCAUGAGAUCGUCUUGGAUACCGAACGGGAAACUGCGGCGAAUCUCGGUCAGCUACCCACCCAACCGCAAGGACUGGCAGCCAACAUCGGCCAAGCGAUUACUGGAAGCGCUAAGGAGGUGCAACGAGAAAUGUAUAUGCUCGCGUCGGAAGAGAUCACGAAUCGAACGGAGCAACUCUACAAGCGCCUCAUGCGCCUGGAACGAAAGAACCCGUCCAAAUGGCAAGGGUCGAAGUUCAUUCCCGCGUCCUCCUUCAAGCACGUACGACCCAUGUUCCAGGUGACAUGGAUGUCCUUCUUGACUGCGUUGGCCGGCCAUAUUCAAGAGACAAUGAAUUUAGAGACCAUCCGGCUGUGCAUGGAAGGGCAAAAGCUCGCCAUUCGGAUCGCCUGCUUCUUUGACUUGGAAGAUCCGCGCCAAGCGUUUGUCGCUUCCCUGGGUCGGUCCACCAACUUGUACAACCUCAGCGAGAUGAAGGCGAAGAAUGUCGAAGCGCUAAAAGCGCUUCUUGAAGUGGCACAUCAGGAAGGGGAUUUACUGAAGGAAUCAUGGCGGGACGUCCUUACCUGUAUCUCUCAGCUCGACCGGUUCCAGCUCAUCGCAACCGGCGUCGACGAAGGCGCGGUUCCCGACGUUUUGAAAAAGGCGCCGGCGAAGCCACAAACGAGCUCUCGAAAGAGCUUGCACGUCCCACCACGAGGCCGCCAGCGGUCUCAGAGCGGCUUCCCUCACUAUCAAGCCGAUAUCGCCGAGGAAUCGCGAUCAGCGGACAUGAUUCGCAGCGUGGACCGAAUCUUCACAAACACCGCGAACCUAUCGGGCGAGGCGAUCGUGUACUUUGUGCGGGCGUUGUGCCAAGUCAGCUGGCAAGAGAUCCAAUCGUCAGGCCUCAGCGAAUCCCCUCGCACCUACAGUCUCCAGAAGCUCGUGGAGAUCUCGGCGUACAACAUGACCCGCGUCCGGUUCGAGUGGACGAAUAUCUGGCAGGUGCUGGGCGCGCACUUCAACCAGGUGGGCUGCCACAACAACACCUCGGUGGUGUUCUUCGCGCUCGACAGCCUGCGGCAGCUGAGCAUGAAGUUCUUAGAGCUCGAGGAGCUGCCGGGGUUCAAGUUCCAGAAGGAUUUCUUGAAGCCGUUCGAGCACAUCAUGGGCAACUCGACCGUGGUUCCGGUCAAAGACAUGGUGCUGCGCUGCCUGAUCCAAAUGAUCCAGGCGCGAGGAGAGAAUAUCCGAAGCGGGUGGAGGACCAUGUUUGGAGUGUUUACCGUUGCUGCACGGGAACCUUACGAGGGCAUUGUGAACAUGGCCUACGACAACGUUACGAAGAUUUAUAACGAUCGUUUCGGUAUCGUCAUCUCGCAAGGCGCCUUCGCCGACCUCAUCGUUUGCCUGACCCAGUUCUCCAAGAACAUGAAGUUCCAGAAGAAAUCUUUGCAGGCGAUCGAGGCACUCAAAGCAUCUGUGUUGAAAAUGCUGAAGACUCCCGAAUGUCCCCUGUCGCAACGCACGGCGAGAGGGAAAGACGCGGCUAAGGAUGGAGAUCCCAAGGUCCCGCUGACAAGUCAGACGCAAGAGGAGCAGUUUUGGUUCCCGGUUCUUUUCGCGUUCCACGACGUCUUGAUGACGGGCGAAGAUCUAGAGGUCCGGUCAAGAGCAUUGAACUACCUGUUCGAGACCCUCACUCGAUACGGGGGCGAUUUCCCGGCCGACUUUUGGGAUACCCUCUGGCGGCAACUGCUAUAUCCGAUCUUCAUGGUGCUCAAGUCCAAGUCCGAGAUGUCCAAGGUCGUUAACCACGAAGAGCUCUCCGUGUGGCUCUCGACGACCAUGAUCCAGGCGUUGCGGAACAUGAUCGCGCUUUUCACGCAUUUCUUCGAUUCGCUGGAAUACAUGCUGGACCGGUUCUUGGAUCUGCUCGCGCUCUGCAUCUGCCAGGAGAACGACACCCUGGCGCGCAUCGGCAGCAAUUGCCUCCAGCAGCUCGUGGCCAAGAACGUGAACAAGUUCACGCCGGAGCAUUGGCGCAAGAUUGUCGAUGCCUUCGUCGAGUUGUUUACCCGUACCGAGGCAACCGCACUUUUCUCGGCCGCGACGCUACCCGCUGGAUCUGCGGUAAAUGGUACUCGGACAGGGAGGACCCCGAGCGCAGACACCUCGGGGACACCUGAUCUGUCGUUGAACACUGCCGAGUUACACGAAGAACAGACGCCUACUUCCACAGACUCAGGACUCGGCAUCAACGGACUCCCCAAUGCAUCCGAGCGCUCUUCUGUCGUUGACGAUACACCGCGAGAGUCUAUAUCCGAUCGACCGGCCUCCCCUCAACCUACUCUCCGCACCCCGAUCCAGCAAGAGCUCGAGGACUUCCGUCCCGAAAACGAGGUGCAGCAGCCGCCGGUCGUCGUUACCGCCGCGCGCCGCCGGUUCUUCAAUCAGAUCAUCACCAAAUGCGUCCUCCAGCUCCUCAUGAUCGAAACGGUGCACGAUCUCUUCACCAAUGAUGACGUAUACUCCCGCAUCCCAAGCCCCGAGCUCCUCCGCCUCAUGGGCGUCCUGAAGAAAUCCUACCACUUCGCCAAACGCUUCAACGAGGACCGCGAGCUACGCGGCCGCCUCUUCCGCGAGGGCUUCAUGAAGCAGCCGCCGAACCUGCUAAAGCAGGAGUCCGGGUCCGCCAGCGUGUACGUGUCGAUCCUCUUCCGCAUGUACGCAGACGAAGGGGAGGAGCGCGCUGCGAACCGCGCGAGCACGGAGCACGCGCUCAUCCCGCUGUGCGUGGACAUCGUGCAGAGCUUCGCGGCACUGGACGACGAGACGCAGCAGCGGAAUAUCGUGACGUGGCGGCCGGUGGUGGUGGACGUGGUGGAGGGGUACGCGGCGUUCCCGGCGGCGGAGCUGGAGCGGCAUAUGCGGACGUUUGCGCCGCUGUUGGUCGGGUUGAUGGGGAGGGAGAUGGGGAUGGAGCUGCAGCGGGCGGUGCAGGGGUUGUUGGCGAGGUUUUUCGAAGGGACGCUGGGCAUUGAGAUGGCGGAAUGGUCAGGGGCCACGCCGGUCAAUGAUCGCAGCUCGGUCUUCGGUGGGCGACGGGGGAGUCGGGGACGGUAAAAUUCUGGGUAAAAUUCUGGGGUGGGGUUUGUUUAGAUAGUUCUGUGCAUCAUCUACCUGAGCGUUUGAAAAGCCUUCACACUUUAAUAGAAUCAACCAUGCGAUGGAGCAACAAGAUCGGUCACUGGUUAAUAUAGAUGUCGUGCAGUAAUAAUCCUUCAUUAUUAUAACUGUCUAAGCUGUCGUUGCUCUAACCUGCCUUAUACUGCCCGUCGCUAACCAGGUCUAGGUCAAAAGAUCUCCGCCGAGAUCGCAAACGCCUUGAACACAUUUUUGUAUCCGUC